UUGUGAGAUUGUUAAAAUAGGUGUCGGAAUCGGAAUCAGAAAAUUGUAAACCAGAAUGAGCAAUGGACGUGUGCGUGCGCGCCGUAGUUCCAUAAUCUCAUCAUUGUUAUUGCUAAAAUUUCGGCACCACGUAAGCAUUUGUUAAAGAAACAAUGGAUUGGGUUAUUCAUGAUGAACUCGGCAUCACUGUCGGUCAUGUGGCCAGUGGAGCCGCAGCAUCUGCUAUGGUAAUCGGCGGUGUUAUACCUUAUGUACCGCAAUAUUUGGAAAUAAAGAAAACACAAGAUGCAGACGGAUUUUCGCUUCAUGUUUGUCUUGCGCUUUUGAUUGCAAAUUCCUUAAGGAUCUUUUUCUGGUUUUCCAAGCAAUAUGAGCUUCCGCUUCUUGUUCAAAGUGUUGUGAUGAACAUAACCAUGUUCCUUAUGAUCCAUCUAUGCGUUAAAGUGAAAAGAAUGAAUGCUUCAAAUAGGGAACUUACUUUUUCGGCCGAUGAUCUGCGUCUACCAAAAGUAACGACCGACACUGAUACUGCAGGUUCAGUUUCCACAGAUGCCGGCGUUUUGAAACGUGCUCGCUCGAGGCACUAUUUAAACGAUCUCGACUACAAAUAUUUUUGGAAUUGGAGCGAUUUUCAAUCGUAUUUAGACUUUAUGCUCGUUGUUUGGGCAAUCGGGGCAGCUAUCACAUAUCUAAUGUUAUCAAUUACGUGGUUUAUGGAGGCAGUUGGCUUUUGUGCCGUUUUCACAGAGGCUAUGUUAGGAGCGCCACAAUUUCUACGAAACUUUAAGAAUAAAUCAACUUAUGGAAUGAGCAUCCAAAUGGUCAUCAUGUGGACGCUAGGUGAUAUGUUUAAGACUGGCUAUUUUAUUGUUAGGGAAUCUCCAACACAAUUUUGGAUUUGUGGCACACUUCAGGUUAGCUUAGAUAUUGCAAUUCUUCUGCAAGUGUGGUUCUAUAGGAAGAAUACCAAGGCACGAGAUAUGCGUCGCGGAGAUUAGCAGUUUGCCCCCGAAGAACAACCGCAACAAACACAAAACAAUCCACAUGAUAUUCACACUCAAACCAAUACCACGGACAUCAACCAAUCUCUCGCUAUAAGCCCUACAAGUAGCGGGGAUGAUCAUCUACUGACCGCAAAUGCCGAUAAUGAACAUUUUAACGACUAUGGAAAUACCGCAUAUAAAAAAUAUCAUGAUAACAGAGCCUUCCAAUAUCACCAUAAUAAUAAUACACUUUCGAAAAUAAAAGGGUUAUCCAAUGUCAUGCCAACUGACGAAAACUACGCAUUAGAUGCCGUGGUAAUUGUCAAAAAUUCCAAUGGCAUACUGAGAAACUCAUCCAGUCGAUCGAGAUCUGAUUUUCCAAUUGAUAUGGGGUCGGUGACCGUGGAAGCUGAUGGCAGAGCACGUCGCAGAUGUCGGUGUCAACACAAUGAUGUAGUGCGGCAGCGUCAUAACGCUACACAAACACCAGGCUCUAUAGUAAACUGCAGUCAAUUGAUAAAUUGUCACAGUCAUAGCGCAUCAAUUAAUUGUUGUGGAAAUAGAAAAUCUACUGACUGUUGCAGCCUAAUAAGUGGUGAUUUAAAAUCCGGUGAAAUGUCUUCUCACUGCCACAUCACACAUCAUUGUCACCAUUAUUCCCCGGGUAGUGGUAGAGGCGGAGAGAAACGCAGCAAUAAGCCAUGUGGGUGUAAUAAUCGAAUAAAAAAUCGACAUCAUCAUUCUCACCAUCAUAGGCACCGGCAUCACCGCUAUCGUUACUUGCAAUCGGAAUAUCAGCAACAGGAUAAACCCAUCCGCCAACUUCCAGGUUAUAACAGUAAGUCUUCCUUUGAUUCCAGUGAUGAUCUACAACAAUCUGGCCUUGAAAAUCCGCAAGAACGUUUGCAAGAGAUUGCAAUUGAAAUUGAUGCAGCCACAUUGACUGAAGAUAACACAAGCACUGCCACCUCAAAUUUUGCGUAUAAAAUGGCGAAGGCUAACAUAGCGCCGAUAAUAAUGGCGCCAAUACACGAUAACGAUGAGGAUGACAAGAAACAACGGAGAAAAUAUCAUGGUCAUCGAAGUGAUUCCAUGAACUCAAGCAGUACUGGGGAAACUGAUGAAUUGUCUCAUAGAAUUUCCGGUGUGAAACAUAAGAAGACAGAUUGUGAUAACACUCCAAUUUGGGCUGAAUCUAAUAUCGAUAGACAUGCAGCUACUGUUAUACCACACUUAUCAUGCUGUAAGGACUCUCAGUGUCGGGCCAAGAGUAGAGAGGCCAACAAACUCGACGCGGCGCAUAACGAAUGUGUUAGAAUUCAGCGCAAACAAUUCAAGGCGAGUGGAGCAGAAGAAUGUUGCAGCACUUGUUCACAUUGUUCAGAUUGUUCCUGCCAGAAUGCAGAUGCCACUAGUUGCAGUAGUUUUGAUGAAUUGGAUGCAGACGACCAUGAUGAGGAACGACGGAUCGCACCCCAUGAACUAGUGGUCUCAGCAGAAUGUCAUCGCUGCAAUUUUCACCACGCAUCUACAACGUCAACUGGAGAUGAAGCAGAAGAGGAGGACGGUGGUGCAGAAGAUAAAUUGACCGCAAAAAUUACCAAGCAUGCGGAGCGAUCCAUGCAGGAUAACAAUGCUACAGACAGUUCUGCGCAUACGAGUCGAAGAAGCAGUGCAAGUUAUUGCUCCUGUCAUUCAAAUAGUUGUUAUUGUUGUGAAUGUAAUUGCGCAGCUGUUGUUGAGGACGACGGCGACUCAACAACUGGUCAGAUGCUUACCGCGAGGGACCAUCCCUCCACAGCCUUAACAUCGGCUACCGAAUUUGAUGCAGAACACUCAAGUACACUGACACCAUUAACAAAUGCUUCAUCCGCUGUGUCAACGCCUGGUGCGGAAGACGCUGAUGUAACCCUACGCAGUUUGACCAAUACUUUAGCCGAUGACAUUUGCUCCUCUCCGAGCCAAUCUGCAGAGUAUUUCUCACUCUCUUCCAACAAUCAGCAUAGCCAUUUUUCUCCUACAGAAACACCUACUCAUAGAGCAAUAAAGACACCAAGCGAAAUCAACACAGCCGAAACUUUAUCUAAAUGUAAUUUAGAUAAAUCGGUUGAUUCAGGAGAGCUUGGUAAAAAACCAUGCAAACACUACACCAAACAUCAUCGUCAUAAACGCCCGACUUCUCCUCUGGACUGCUAUUUAUGA